AUGCCGACUACCAAGAUGGUAUUGCUGUUCUGUUGGACUCUGCUGCUGCCUACAAUAUCAUUUCCCACUGUAUCGAAUGCUCUGCAACAGCCCACUCGAAUCGUUGCCAAGCCCCGUUUCUUGAUUGCCAAGGAUAGCCCCAUUCAGCUGGAAUGCUGUCCGUUGAUAGGGGGUCCGUCCUGGUUGCCACUUCAUGUGCAAGUAGCCAUUGUACUACCGGUAGAAGAACGACAAGAAGAGAGCAAGUACAAAUUUGAUUUUGUGCCCCAACAGGCCACGGAACCAGCGACGCUCUUGCGGCUGCUGACACUGAAAGCUGUACCAGGAGAACUUCGUUGUUUCGCACCUCGAGACGACAUGGCUACACUUCCACUAGAUCAUUCUCCCGCACAGCUUCUUGUUCAACAAGCUCAAGAGUUUCAGAACAAUCAAGCGGAUCCCAAUUUGCACCUGUUGCGGAACAACUGUUGGACGUUUGCGUGGAGGCUGCUGCGGUACCUAAAGCAGGAUUACCGGUAG